AUGUUUGGUUUGUGGCCUGUAAUCUUGCGUGGGUGUCUCUCUUUCUUUCUUUCCUUUUUUCCUUUUUUCUCUAUUCGUCUGUCUGUCUGUUGGGGGGUGGGAGUGCCGGCGUGGCGGAUGGUUUCCUUCACCUGCAACUACUGCCACGACGUGGUGAAGAAGCCGAAGGUCAAUGGCCACGCCGCGCAGUGCGGUUUUGCCUCUUUCACGUGCGUUGACUGCAUGGAGGUGUUUGACCUGCAGACGAUCAAGCAGCACACGUCAUGCAUCACCGAGACGGAGAAGUACCAGGGGAGGUGGCGACAAAACAGAGCGCCGGCGGCAGCAGCGCGGAGAUGCGUCGAUGGUUCGGACGACAGCGACGGCGAUGGGAACGACAACAACAAACGGCAGCCGCUGCGUCCACCCCGCCCGCCCAUGAAUUUGAGCAGCGACUCCGACUCCGACGAUGAUACGUGGGUAACGGGGGGGAAGAAGAAGGCAGUGAUGGAGAAAAACAAGGGACGUAACGGGAGUCCCAACGGGUCUUCACAAAAGCGGGCGAAAACGACGUCACCGUCCAACAAAAAUAUGGAAGCGAAGAGCGGAUUGAAGCGCCAAAAACAUGAGGAGUUGCUCGAGUUGCCGCGGGCAGUGACGGCGGCGGACUGCAUUGUGCCAAGCUUCGUGCUGGGCACCGACGAGGAGGUGGCGGAGGUGACCCGUUGGAUCAUCGAGGAAGCCGGCGAGACACCGCUCACCGUGCGGGCGCUCGCAAAGAAGCUGGUCGAGAGGUACAACACCCGCAUCGCAAAACAUUUGCGGCACGCCAUUGAGACGGCGAUUCAAAAUGGAAAGUUGCGUGUGGAGGGUGGCACGGUGAAUUUGCCCUGA